CGGAAAGCGGAAGCGGCGCACAGCACGUGGGGGCGGUGCCGGUCGGAGGGCUACGGGUCUCCCCGGUUGUGGAAAGUGAAGCUGCCUGUGGCGACUGCAGAGGAGGAGGGGCGGGGCACAAGGGGCUGGAGGGACACCAGGGAGCACGGACACCGGCUGGGCAUCAUGGAAGACUCAGGGGAGCAGCCGGGCCCACAGCCACCGCAUCCCGGGGACCAUCGCAUCCGUGAUGGAGACUUCGUGGUGCUGAAACGGGAAGAUGUGUUCAAAGCAGUGCAAGUCCAGCGGAGAAAAAAAGUAACUUUUGAAAAACAGUGGUUCUACCUGGAUAACGUCAUUGGCCAUAGUUAUGGAACCACAUUUGAAGUGACCAGUGGAGGAAGUCUUCAGCCCAAGAAGAAGAAGGAAGAACCUACUUCAGAGACUAAAGAAGCUGGCACUGAUAAUCGAAAUAUAAUUGAUGAUGGAAAAUCUCAGAAACUUACUCAAGAUGACAUAAAAGCUUUGAAGGACAAGGGCAUUAAAGGAGAGGAAAUAGUUCAGCAGUUAAUUGAAAAUAGUACAACAUUCCGAGACAAGACAGAGUUUGCUCAGGAUAAAUAUAUAAAAAAGAAGAAAAAGAAAUAUGAAGCCAUCAUUACUGUUGUGAAGCCAUCUACCCGUAUUCUUUCAAUUAUGUAUUAUGCAAGAGAACCUGGAAAAAUUAACCACAUGAGAUACGAUACACUAGCCCAGAUGUUGACAUUGGGGAAUAUCCGUGCUGGCAAUAAAAUGAUUGUAAUGGAAACGUGUGCAGGCUUGGUGCUGGGCGCAAUAAUGGAACGAAUGGGAGGUUUUGGCUCCAUUAUUCAGCUGUACCCUGGAGGUGGACCUGUUCGGGCAGCAACAGCAUGUUUUGGAUUUCCCAAAUCUUUCCUCAGUGGUCUUUAUGAAUUCCCCCUCAACAAAGUGGACAGUCUCCUAAAUGGAACAUUUUCUGCUGAGAUGUUAUCUUCAGAGCCAAAAGACAGUGCUUUGGCUGAGGAAAGUAAUGGCACACUUGAGGAGGAAAAACAGACUUCUGAACAAGAGAAUGAAGACGGCGUGGCAGAAGCCCCAGAGGGCAGUCACCCAGAAGAACAAGAAACAAUGGAAAUCAUUUCUCAAGAUGCAGAACUUAAGGAGCCUAAAGAGGGAGGAAGCAAAAAGGAUUAUAUUCAGGAAAAACAAAGGAGACAAGAAGAGCAGAGGAAAAGACAUUUAGAGGCUGCUGCUCUGCUGAGUGAAAGAAAUGCAGAUGGUUUAAUUGUAGCUAGUCGUUUCCAUCCCACUCCUCUGCUGCUGUCUCUGCUGGACUUUGUGGCCCCUUCUAGGCCAUUCGUGGUCUACUGUCAGUAUAAAGAGCCUCUGUUGGAAUGCUACACGAAACUACGGGAGAGGGGAGGGGUCAUCAACCUCAGGCUGUCUGAAACCUGGCUCAGAAAUUAUCAGGUUUUGCCAGAUCGAAGUCAUCCCAAAUUGCUGAUGAGUGGAGGUGGAGGGUACCUUCUCUCAGGCUUCACUGUUGCCAUGGACAACCUUAAAGCAGAUGCCAGCCUCAAAUCGAACUCGAGCACUUUAGAAUCACACAAGACUGACGAGCCAGCAGCUAAAAAACGGAAAUGCCCAGAGUCAGACUCUUAACCCUUCAAGAAUUGCCUUGAGUUUUUGUUCUCAGGCAUUAUACAGUUAGUAAUUAAACUUUAAAUACCAUUACUAAUUGUUUUUUCAUAUCCUAAGAAUAAGAAUAUGCCUAUACAUUCGUUCCUGAGAAGGAAGAAUAAGCCUUUUGUCUACUUCUGACACAGAUAUGUUUGGUCUGUCAAAACUGCAGCUCUGAGGUGUGCAGUGGAUUGAUACAACCAAGUGUAUUUGUUUAACAAAAAUCCUCUAAGGACUUCUCAGUACUCUGUGUAAUUAUCUUGAGAAUUUCAACAUCCUAAAGAUGUAUUUAUACAAGACUUCGUUUAUAUUUUAAGCUAAGUUGGAUAACAACGUAGCUAAAACUUGGUGGGUACUGAAAGGAAGGAAUUUGUGGAGGAAAUUUCCUCUGUUCGUUUCAUUCUCUUCAACCUAAGCAAUAUGGAUGUGUGUGUGAGGUUUACAGUACCAAAAAUGUCCACUCUGUUCCCUGCAGUGGAAUAAACUUUUUUGAAAUGCUAUUAUUAUUUUAAUAGUUGACAACCUGGGAAAGUUCUGAGUAUUUAUUUUACUGCUUUUUUGUGCAUAGAAAGGUUGAGUAGGGUACUUUUUUGAAUUAAUUUGCCAAUCCUCUCAUUCUUUGUUCCAAAUAAAGUGACUAGAAUUUUUGUGUAGUGUUCAAUUAAAGGAAACAGAAAUGGUCUUUUCCCUUCCCUCACUUAUGGAUACACAUAUGCACACAUACUUGUAUAAUGUGUAUAGAUGUUGGUAUAUACAUAUAUAUACCUACACAUGGAGACAUAGAUUUAUCUAUAUGAACAUACACAUACACACACACAUGGAGACAAUAUACAAUCUAUUUGAACCAUAGAAAAGUUUUGCGCAAGACUUAGACCAGUUCUCACUGCAUCAGUGUCACUCCUUGUCAAAUGUAUUUUAAAGUGCCUUUUUAGUGAUAAUUAAUACUGAUUUGAAGAGCUCUGGCAUGAUUAGGUGGUUAGCCUUUCUAAGCUCUGAAAAAGCAUAAUCAAAUUUGAUUGACUGCCGCAGCAAAGGCAAGUGUUUAGAGUAAGCCAAGGCUCUUGUCCAUUUGAGAGUCGAGUCUCUUGUUUGAUAGAAUGUGCUCUUCAUGUCAUCAUAGAAUAGAUGUGGAGCAUCUCAGAACAAAAGAAAUUUCUUUUUCCAAAUAGUGUGUACUAUUCUGAUAAUGGCCAGUGUGAUUAGCAACAAGUAUGGUUUUGGUUCCUUUUACUGAAAAUAAUUGCUUUUAAAGAAUAAAAGUGUUUCUUACUAUGA